GCCAUCACAUCCAACUGUUGCUUGAAGUGCAUCGUCGGUCUUGACUCGAAUUCAAAAUCCAUCCUCCCCCAACUCCCAUCCAGACCCGCGAAAAUGUCAGCCUCAAAUCCCCCCCACAACCCCGCCGAGGACGAGGAUGCCGAGCUCGAGAUGCUCGCCGAAGACGAGGCCGAGGAAAUUCUCGAUGGAGAAGAUGCCGAGGGCGACGUGCCCAUGGGCUCUGACGACGAGGGGGAGGAGAUUCUGCUCCAAAACGACAGCAUCGCCUAUUUUGACGGGCACAAAGACUCGGUGUUUGCCAUAGCCCAGCACCCUCUGUACCCCAACCUGGUCGCCACGGGCGGUUCUGAGGGCGACGCCGACGACGCCCCGGGCAAGGGCUACGUGAUCGACACGUCGGCCGCCACGUCGCGCCCCGUUCUCCCGCCGAGCUACAGCUCGGACCCCUCUGCCGCCGCAAGUGCCGCCGGCCAGACCACCAGCCUGAGCCCCCUGUUCGCCAUCGAGGGCCACACCGACAGCAUCAAUGCGCUCGCAUUCACCCUCCCGCGUGGCGACUUCCUCGUCAGCGGCGGCAUGGACGGCCGCCUACGCGUCUACGCCGUCGACAUACCCAGCAACCCCACAUCUGCGCCGCCGCGGUUUACAUUCCUGGCCGAGUCCCAAGAAACCGAAGAGAUCAACUGGCUGAGCCCGUGUCCGGCCGCCGAAUACCCCAACACCAUCGCGCUGGGCGCCUCAGACGGGUCCGUCUGGGUGUUGACCAUCGACGCCUCAGACAAAACCAACCCAAUCCAAAUCACGCAGUCCUAUUUCCUGCACACGGGCCCUUGCACCGCGGGUGCCUGGUCUCCCGACGGCCUGCUGCUGGCGACGGUGAGCGAGGAUAGUUCGCUGCAUGUAUUCGACGUGUUUGGCGUCGCCGCCGCAAAGAACCUCGUCACCGACAACGGCCAGACAGUCGUGUCGCUGACCGACGCCGACCAGCGCUUCGCGGUAGAGGGCGGGCUGUAUUCCGUAGCCGUCUCCCCGACGGGCGGGUUCCUUGCCGCAGGCGGAGCGGGCGGCGCGAUCCGCAUCGUCGGUCUCCCGCGCUUAUCUCCAUCUUCCUCCUCCCAACCGCAACCACAGUCCCGGGGCUCAUCAUCAACCCAAAAGAAAACCCAAGCAACCCAAGCGGGGACCAUCCUCGCGUCACUCGCUCUACAACAAGACAGCGUCGAAUUCCUCGCCUUCUCCCCCCUCCCUUCCACACCCUCCUCCAGCGCCCCAUUACUGCUCGCCGCGGGCUCCGUCGACGGUUCCAUAGCCGUCUUCGACACGGCCCGCUCCUUCGCGCUGCGCCGCCACCUACGAGGCGCCCACGACGGCGAGUCGGUCGUCAAAGUCGACUUUGUGCGCUCCCCCGCAUCCGUACCCGCGGCGGGUUGGCUGCUGACGUCGUGUGGUCUCGACGGCGUCGUGCGCCGCUGGGACCUGCGCGGCGCCACGGCCAGCAGCCAGCAGACGAGCGCCGACAGCAACGCCGGCCUGGUCAAGGAGUGGCGCGGCCAUAGGGGCGGCGGAGAGGGCGGCGGCGUGCUGGGCUUUGUGCAAGGGGAGACGGGCGAGAGGAUUGUUACCGUGGGCGACGACGGGCUUGUUUUGGUUUUCGAGGCUUGAUAUCAUGUGGCCGGCGCGUAUGUAUGUAUGUACGAUACAUGCCGGUUCAUUGAAGAAAAGGGAUGGUAUAUGUAGAAUGAUGGCCCCAGAUGUUUUGCAUGCAUGAAGCCGGCGUUUAUUGCUGGGGAAUUGAAUAAAGUCAUCCAUAUGUUCCUCAUCAUUGAGUGUAUGGCGUCAUUAUUUGCCGAUAUUGACUACAGUGACAGAAGUACUUUAAACACGAAUU